CCGCCGCCGCCGCCGCCGCUCCGCCGCCGCCUCUCCCCGGCACCGGCAGCCGCCUCCGCAGCCUCCCGCGCCCGCGAGUCCUCCCGCACCAUGUCGGUGGCCGGGCUCAAGAAGCAAUUCCACAAAGCCACUCAGAAAGUGAGUGAGAAGGUCGGAGGAGCUGAAGGAACCAAGCUAGAUGAUGACUUCAAAGAGAUGGAGCGGAAAGUGGAUGUCACCAGCAGGGCUGUGAUGGAAAUAAUGACCAAAACAAUUGAAUACCUUCAACCCAAUCCAGCUUCCAGAGCUAAACUCAGCAUGAUCAACACCAUGUCGAAAAUCCGCGGCCAGGAGAAAGGACCAGGCUAUCCGCAGGCAGAAGCACUGUUGGCAGAGGCCAUGCUCAAGUUCGGAAGAGAGCUUGGAGAUGAUUGCAACUUUGGCCCAGCACUUGGUGAGGUGGGGGAGGCCAUGCGAGAGCUCUCAGAGGUGAAAGACUCUCUGGACAUGGAAGUGAAGCAGAACUUCAUUGACCCCCUUCAGAACCUUCAUGACAAAGAUUUGAGAGAGAUUCAGCAUCAUCUAAAGAAAUUGGAGGGUCGACGCCUGGACUUUGAUUAUAAGAAGAAACGACAAGGCAAGAUUCCAGAUGAAGAGCUCCGUCAGGCUCUGGAGAAAUUUGAUGAAUCUAAAGAAAUUGCUGAGUCAAGCAUGUUCAAUCUCUUGGAGAUGGAUAUCGAACAGGUGAGCCAACUGUCUGCGCUUGUCCAAGCCCAGCUGGAGUACCACAAGCAGGCCGUCCAGAUCCUGCAGCAAGUCACCGUCAGACUGGAAGAAAGAAUAAGACAAGCUUCAUCUCAACCUAGAAGGGAAUAUCAGCCUAAACCGCGAAUGAGCCUGGAGUUUACAACUGGAGACAGUACUCAGCCCAAUGGGGGCCUCUCCCACACGGGCACACCCAAACCUGCAGGUGCCCCAAUGGAUCAGCCCUGCUGCCGAGCUCUGUACGACUUUGAACCUGAAAAUGAAGGGGAGUUGGGUUUUAAAGAGGGUGAUAUCAUCACACUCACUAACCAAAUUGAUGAGAACUGGUAUGAGGGAAUGCUUCAUGGCCAGUCAGGCUUCUUCCCCAUCAACUAUGUGGAGAUUCUGGUUGCCCUGCCCCAUUAGGAUGUUAGGCUGGCAGGCUUACCUCCUCUUGACCCAGAUAGUUAAGUUUAACCACUGCUUUGGUAAUGCUGCUUACAACACAUCCCAAAUGCAGGCCGCAGUGGUCCAAGUCAUCAAGCCCCACCGAGUUAUCUUUGGUUGACUUGUGUGAUCCCACAAGAGUCAUGGUGAUGGGUGGUAUCUUCUUAGGCUGGCGGGCAUGGCAUGUGCUUUUUAAACACCAUCUGAGGCCAGCCAGUAGUCACUGAACUGUUUACACGGUUCUCAGGAGACUGUGGCUUCUUAGAAUAUGACCAUGAGCCACAUCACAGUAAAACCAUGCUACUGAAGAUAUUAUCUAUCACCCAGGGGCCAUCUCAAGGUCUCAGGUUCUCCAUUUCAAUAGGAGAAAGGUCCUGCUUUCCCAUAGUCCCCUCCCAAAUAUGCAAGUCACAGAAUUUUGGAAGAAAGCCUCCCUCACCAGCAACUUGUCUUCUGGUCUGAGUUGGUCCCUUGAUACUAUCGGUAGGAAAAUGUUGAAUGUGAAUUGAAAAUCUUUUCUGGAAAAAAGUCACCUUUCUUCCUCCCACUUAUGCCUUUUCCUAAGGGACAGCCAGUUUUCUUCCCUCCCUGCUAAUAAAGCCAGAGGGGGACUUCCGCUAUAUUUCUAAGUAAGACAGUUAGCAGUCAGCAUAUGGUAGGAGGGGCUGAAGAGAAGAGAUUCUCCAUUAUGAGGAAAUGGGAAAACAUCUGGUUUCCAAGCUUGCAUUUCCUGCUGCAGAGAAUUCACAUAUGUAGUUAGGAUAUUUCUGAAGGUACAGGGAAGUGGGAACAAAUACCUUCACUUCAGAUUUAUUUAUGAAUUACAUGCUUCAUGAGUCCAUUUGGCACAGAGACACAAGGAUAAAAACACAAGAAACCAUUUUUCCACUAGUUCAUAGACCAAGUUAACAGUAACUGUCUUUCCUUUCCACUUCCACCUUGUGUUCUUCGAACAUCAUUUAUGCAGAUUCUGCCCUCAAUGAGGACCAAAUAAAGAUAAUUUUUGUGCUUAGCAGUUUAAGAUGUAUGGCUGCAUAUGCAGAAGUUUUUCCCAACUCAGUCAUUAUUACUUUUCUUUCUGUCCUUUUAUUCCAUCUUCAUGUUGUAUGUACAGUGCUAUGUGUAAGCUUAUGAGUGGUUUUCUAUUUUGGGGGUUGUCUUUCUUUUUCUUUUCUUUUUCUUUUUCUUUUCUUUUUCUUUUUCUUCUUUUUCUUUUUCUUUCUUUUUUUUGUAUCAGUUCUGAAGUCUCAUUAGGUAUGCAGAGUUCUAUUUAUCUAGCUGUACAGAUUCCUUCCGAGGUUUCAUGUGCUGCUUCGGACGUGCCACCUGCGGUAGUGGGUCAUGUGGAGUGAAAGGCAAAUCUUACCGCUUAAUGUAUAAACCUCUUACCACAGGAAGCAUCGCCGUUUCCAAUAAAUAUUGCUGAAGACAGAA